ACUGAUGGUCUGACGCGGAUCUUCUGAUACUGAUGGUCUGAUCCUGGUCGUCUGAUACCGAUGGUCUGAUCCUGUUGGUCUGACGCUGAUCCUCUGAUACUGAUGGUCUGAUCCAGAUGGUCUGAUCCUGUUGGUCUAACGCUGAUCUUCUGUUACUGAUGGUCUGAUCCUGUUGGUCUGAUCCUGGUCGUCUGAUCCAGAAGGUCUGAUACUGAUGGUCUGAUCCUGUUGGUCUGACACUGAUCUUCUGAUACUGAUGGUCUGAUCCUGGUCGUCUGAUACUGAUGGUCUGACGCGGAUCUUCUGAUACUGAUGGUCUGAUCCUGGUCGUCUGAUACUGAUGGUCUGAUCCUGUUGGUCUGACGCUGAUCUUCUAAUCCUGUUGGUCUGAUCCUGUUGGUCUGAACCUGGUUGUCUGAUCCUGGUUGUCUGAUUCUGAUGGUCUGAUACUGAUGAUCUGAUCCUGCUGGUCUGAUGCUGAUCUUCUGAUACUAAUAGUCUGAUCCUGGUCGUCUGAAACUGAUGGUCUGAUACUGAUUAUCUGAUCCUGCUGGUCUGACGCUGAUCUUCUGAUACUAAUGGUCUGAUCCUGGUCGUCUGAUCUUUGUCAUCUGACCCUGAUGGUCUGAAACUAAAGGUCCUGCUGGUCUGACCCUGUUGGUUUGAUCCUGGUCGUCUGACUCUGAUGGUCUGAUGCUGAUGAUCUAAUGCUGAUGGUCUGAUCCCAAUGUUCUGAUUUGAAACCAAGACCAGAAAUUUCAAACCAAACCAUCUCCUCUGCUGCCGUUCAGCCAUUCAGCACCAUUGAUUUUUCUCGGCUCCAGCAUGGACUACCUUCAGAUGAAGCACCUGAAGAGAAAGAGGAAGAGUAACUACAGCGUUAAGGAAACUCAAACCCUGAUCCGAGAGAUCCACAAACGGCGUGAGAUUUUGUUUUCGCGGCAGCAGAACAUGGCCAUCAACGAGUUGAAGCGGCGCGCAUGGGAAGAAGUCGCGGACAGCGUCAACGCUCUGGGAGAAGGAGAGCUACGGACCGCGGCUGAGGUCAAGCGACGCUACUUAGACUGGCGUGCCCUUAUGAAACGAAAACAGCUUCAGGCUGAGCUGGCGUCAGGACUAAAGGCAGAGUUUGAACCUUCAUCUCCGGAUAAUGAGGCUUCUUCGGGUGGCGGUGACCAGUCACUGGAUCUCAGUGGGUUCUCCAAGGACUCUGCCUGCGAAUGGCAGGACCUGACGGACCUCGGAGAGCCGAGCACUCACACCACUGGUGUUAAAAUGGAGGACGAUGAGACCAGCAGCUAUAGAUUGGAGGCAGAGGUCGGAGACUGUGGUGAGGGUGAGGAGGAUGAUGAAGACUGCUUUCCCUCCAUCCUCCCUGAUAUGGACCGAGAGGGGCGUGUCCCCGAGGUCUUCGCUCACAUCGAUGAAUUUGGCAUGUUGAGCUCCACAAAACCUACAUCAGGAUCAGCGUCCGUCCGAGACCUGGGCAUCGGGAUUGGCAGCGUGACCGCGAUGGGCGUACCGGGUUUGGGCCUGGCUAGUGGGGACAGCACGAGUCUGCUGGUGGCGCUAGAGAGGCAGAGAUUGGACCUUGAGAAGCACCGCUUGCAGGUGGAGUCUGAACGGCUGCAGGUGGAGAAAGAGCGCUUGCUGGUGGAGAAAGAGAGGUUGAGGCAAGGGGAGGUGGAGAGAGAAAGGUUGCAGCUGGAAAAGGAACGUCUGCAGGUAGAGAGAGAGAGAUUAAGACUGCUCGUGCAACAAAACACACCUCUCCUGCAAAGCCCCGCCCCUUCGACAUCCACAGCCACGCCCACCACUUCGUCCUCCGUUCCCUCCUCAUCCUCGCUGGACGGAGAGAAGGACAGGAAGACGUCCUGGCCGUCGGCUGUGGAUUUGGAGGCAGAGAAGUUGAAGCUAGAGAAAGAACGCCUCCUGCUUGAGAAGGAGAGACUGCAGUUUUUUAAGUUUGAGUCGGGUCGACUGCAAAUAGAGAAAGAGCGCCUGCAGGUGGAGAAAGAACGACUACAGCUUCAUAAAGAUGGUCAGCAGAUGGCCCUACACUCUUGAAGCACAACUUACAUUUAUGUAUUUGGCAGACUCUUUUAUCCAAAGUGACUUACAGUGCACACACUUGGUAGUCGAACCCAUGACCUUACGGUAAACUACAUGAACACAACCAUUGGUCAGCCUGCAGCCGCCUUUGUUAAUGAGAUUUAUGUGAUGUCGACUGAGUCAAGUAUUGUGGAUUGAAAUAAAAAUAAAUGUACCAAUCCUGAUGAACUUUUUACAAGAUGUGUGACUUGCGUACUGUGUUACCACACUGUGUCCAGAGUAAAACAGAUUUUGGACUGUACUGUAUAAGGGCUCUUAUCAAGAAGACAGCGGCUGUACCACAGAAUAAAAGUGAAACGUCAUCCAAAAUCUGAAGGUACCGUCAUUUCCUAAAUGUUCCCAGGAGUGAUUUAUAAUGGUCGAGUUUGUAUUUUAAUGGUUACACCCUGUGCUAUGAACAGGCCCACAAAUGCUGAUAAAUGUUUAUGUGCACAUUAAAAUAGUCGUAAUGGAGAAAUUGUAGCUGUGUGAAUCCGAUUUUGCUUUUUGACAUCAUUCAUAAACAUGAAUGUGAACAAAAAUCAGCGCGUAAAGACUGUGAUGUGAAUGUAGUCAAAUGUCUUUAAGUGUCAUCUUAACUUCUGAAGGUCUUUAUUUUCAUGGACUGUAUAUGAAUGUUUAUUGUGAUUGUAUUAUUCGUAUCGGAUGAAUACAGAAUUUUACCUGCCAUUUAUAGUCUUACUCCAGAGCUCAUGUGGUUUGUUUUGGCUUCUGGUAAAUUGUCUCUGCUUCUCUCUGGAGAGAAAGAAACAACCAAAGCUGUUUGGCGAUGUUACAGUAUUUGUUUUGUUAUUUUGGGGAUCCAUUAUGUGGGGUGUGGAUCUCUGAGAGGUGCUUCCUUAUGUGACAGCUGACAAUGUUCACCUCAUACUUAUUUUGAUCUCACGCUCACCUCAUUUCACACUCGCAUAAAAAAGGUUUUUGUGAGUUGGUGUAGAUGGAUGUUAUGUAUUCAGAGAUGUGUUUUUGUACUAUACUGUAUGUGCAGUACACAACUGAUGUGUGUGUGUUUAUGUUCCUGUUGACA